AUAGUGGCCCUUCUGUUACGUUUCUAUUCUGUAACGCAAUUGUAACAGUUGUAAAGGAGCAUCUUUGUUAUUCUGUACAUGCUUCUUUGCCCGACACAUUGAUAGCCAUAGGGCUUCAAUAAUGAUGGUAAAACAAGGCUUCCCGACAAAUCGCUAUAUAUCUAGGAAAAUAAUAGGUGUUUUGAAACUAUUAAACAAAACCAUCCAUAACGAGCAGAGAAAGAUCAAAAUCGCAUCCGGGUGCCUCAAAGCAGACAAAUUAAUCAGCGUCCCCAACAUAAUUAGAAACAAAUGUUCGGAUGUGCAUUUUGUUGACGAUAAAUCAUAUCCAGAAUUCCUGUUUAAGAAAUUUCAUGCAUUUGGCGACCGAACAGCCAUUGUCGAUGGAAUUAAUGGAAACAAAUACUCAUACUCAGAAAUACAGGAGAAAGCUUUAAAAAUGGGAUCAGCAUUGACUAGACUUGGCUUUAAAAAGAAUGAUGUGUUGGCAACAUGUUGUCCAAAUGUGAUUGAAUUUUCAAUCAUCUAUCUAUCUGUACUAUCUUUAGGUGGUGUGGUGACUACCUUAUCACCUUUAGCCACCGUUAAUGAAAUUUCUCAUCAGCUAAAAGCUACAAAUUCGAAAUUUCUUGUGACGGUGCCUGAUCUUGUUGGAAAAGCAAAAGAGGCCGCCAAUCUUACUGGAUCAAUGGAGUUGUUAGUUGUUGGGGAAGCAGAAGGCUUUUUAUCAAUCCAGGAGCUUUUUGAAGAUGAUGGAUCAUAUUAUCCUGAUGUAAUAGACAUAUCUCCGAAAGAAGAUGUAGCAAUGUUGCCAUUUUCCAGCGGCACAACAGGGCUGCCAAAAGGUGUCAUGUUAACACAUUUCAACCUGUCCGCAAACAUACAACAAUGCUGCGAUGUGCCAGGAUUUUUUGACCCUAGCCUUGAUGAAAAAGUGCUUGCAGUUCUACCGUUUUUCCAAAUCUUUGGUUUUAAUAUUAAUUUGGGCGCGUGCUUGUACAGAGGUACCACUAUUGUUACCUUGCCAAGGUUUGAACCAGAAAGUUUUUUGGAAACAAUUGAAAAUCACAAGGUAGAGCGACUUCUUUUAGUCCCUCCAUUACUUUUGUUUCUUGCCAAAAGUCCCCUGGUUGAUAAGUGUGAUUUGUCAUCUGUGAAAUCCAUCAAGUGUGGUGCUGCGCCUUUAUCCGAAUCUCUGCAAUUUGCUUUGGAAAAGCGUUUAGAUAAUAUUACCAUCAAACAAAGUUAUGGUUUAACAGAAGCGUCUCCCUUAGUUGUAAUGUCUUAUUCGGGUAGAAUUAUUCAUGGUUCAUCUGGAGAAUUACUCCCAAACACUGAAUUGAAGGUGACUGAUUUAAGUACAGGAGACGUUUUGGGUGCAAAUCAAGAGGGAGAAAUAAGUCUUAGAGGACCGCAGAUAAUGAAAGGGUAUUACAACAGUCCAAAAGCAACCGAAGAAACCAUUGACUCGGAAGGAUGGCUUCGAACUGGCGAUAUAGGAUACUUCAAUGACGACGGAGUUGUUUUCGUUGUGGAUCGAUGCAAAGAACUGAUCAAAUACAAGGGUAUGCAGGUUGCACCAGCCGAAUUAGAAGCUCUGCUUAUCUCUCAUCCGAAGAUUGAAGAUGCUGCUGUUAUUGGCAUAGCAGACGAAGAGUGUGGUGAACUACCUAAAGCAUUUAUAGUGGCAAAAGACUUGAAUGAACAAGAGGUGCAGACGUUUGUGGAAAAGAACGUAGCGGCUUACAAGAAACUUCGUGGUGGUGUAGAAUUUGUUGAUGUUAUUCCUAAAUCAGCAAGCGGGAAAAUUUUGAGAAGGAUGUUGAGAGAUGGUGAUCAAACAACAACUUGUAACAGUUGUAAAGGAGCAUCUUUGUCAUUCUGUAGACGCUUCUUUGCCCGACACAUUGAUAGCCAUAUGGCUUCAAUAAUGAUGGUAAAACAAGGCUUCCUGACAAAUCGCUAUGUAUCUAGGAAAAUAACAGGUGUUUUGAAACUAUUAAACACUACCAUCUAUAACGAGCAGAGAAAGAGCAAAAUCGCAUCCGGAUGCCUUAAAGCAGACAAAUUAAUCAGCGUCCCCAACAUAAUUAGAAACAAAUGUUCGGAUGUGGAUUUUGUUGACGAUAAAUCAUAUCCAGAAUUCCUGUUUAAGAAAUUUCAUGCAUUUGGCGACCGAACAGCCAUUGUCGAUGGAAUUAAUGGAAACAAAUAUUCAUUCUCAGAAAUACAGGAGAAAGCUUUGAAAAUGGGAUCUGCGUUGACUAGACUUGGCUUUAAAAAGAAUGAUGUGAUGGCAAUAUUUUGUCCAAAUGUGAUUGAAUUUCCAAUCAUCUGUCUAUCUGUACAAUCUUUAGGUGGUGUGGUGACUACCUUAUCACCUUUAGCCACCGUUAAUGAAAUUUCUCAUCAACUAAAAGCUACAAAUUCCAAAUUUCUUGUGACGGUGCCUAAUCUUGUUGGAAAAGCAAAAGAGGCCGCCGAUCUUGCUGGAUUAAUGGAGUUGUUAGUUGUUGGGGAAGCAGAAGGCUUUUUAUCAAUCCAGGAGCUUUUUGAAGACGAUGGAUCGUAUUAUCCUAAUGUAAUUGACAUAUCUCCGAAAGAAGAUGUAGCAAUGUUGCCAUUUUCCAGCGGUACCACAGGUUUGCCAAAAGGUGUCAUGUUAACACAUUUUAACCUUUCAGCAAACAUACAACAAAGCUGCGAUGUGCCAGGAUUUUUUGACCCAAGCCUUGAUGAAAAAGUGCUUGCAGUUCUACCGUUUCUUCAUAUCUUUGGUUUUAAUAUUAAUUUGGGUGCGUGCUUGUACAGAGGUGCCACUAUUGUUACCUUGCCAUGGUUUGAACCACAAAGUUUUUUGGAAACAGUUGAAAAUCACAAGGUAGAGCGACUUCUUUUAGUCCCUCCAUUAAUUUUGUUUCUUGCCAAAAGUCCCCUGGUUGAUAAGUAUGAUUUGUCAUCUGUGAAAUCCAUCAUGUCUGGUGCUGCGCCUUUACCCGAAUCCCUGCAAUUCGCGUUGGAAAGGCGUUUAGAUAAUAUUACCAUCAAACAAGGUUAUGGUUUAACAGAAGCGUCUCCCUUAGUUGUAAUGUCUUAUUCGGGUAGAAUUAUUCAUGGUUCAUCUGGAGAAUUAUUUCCAAACACUAAAUUGAAGGUGACUGAUUUAAGUACAGGAGACGUUUUGGGUGCAAAUCAAGAAGGAGAAAUAAGUCUUAGAGGACCGCAGAUAAUGAAAGGGUAUUACAACAAUCCAAAAGCAACCGAAGAAACCAUUGACUCUGAAGGAUGGCUUCGAACUGGCGAUAUAGGAUACUACAAUGACGACGAAGUUGUUUUCGUUGUGGAUCGGUGCAAAGAACUGAUCAAAUACAAGGGUAUGGAGGUUGCACCGGCCGAAUUAGAAGCUCUGCUUAUCUCUCAUCCGAAGAUUGAAGAUGCUGCUGUUAUUGGCAUAGCAGACGAAGAGUGUGGUGAACUACCUAAAGCAUUUAUAGUGGCAAAAGACUUGAAUGAACAAGAGGUGCAGACGUUUGUGGAAAAGAACAUAGCAGCUUACAAGAAACUUCGUGGUGGUGUAGAAUUUGUUGAUGUUAUUCCGAAGUCAGCAAGUGGGAAAAUUUUGAGGAGGAUGUUGAAAGAUGGUGAUCAAUCAAAGUAAUCUUUGAUCAACUCGCAAAGCGAAAAGAUAUUAGAUCUAUCUGAUAUAUUUGCCCGAGAAUUGGAAAUUUUUCCUCUCUCGAGACGUGAUCAUGCAAUUUAUCCAAUUGCAGUUAGCCAUUAGUAGGUAAGAUAAGAAGUUACAUGUUUUUCGAUCAGUUUACAUGAAAUGAACAAUAUAAAAGGUUUUUCAUCAUA